CUGAAUUGUAGCAGGUAAAUCAACUGAAACGAAACGCGGCUGACUGUUGCGGGAAUAGUUGUAUAGUUAUUCGUCAAACGCAACUGUUAACUCCUCUCAUUCUCUCACGACUGUGGAACAAUGUCUGGCAAUCAUCAACACAUGCUGCGUCUAGUCCUCUCCUGUCGCAAAAUCACAGCGCAGGUAACGAACCCUAACACCUCCACCAUUAUAGCCAUGGCUUCCUCCACCGAGCAAGGGUUCCUCGCCGAGUAUCGAACCAGACUCAACCGCUUCCCGCGAUAGACCCUCCAUUGGGACUCCAAAAUGGCAUCUCGCGUUGGCGAGAAACUAGGGUUCCGUCUCAAAGAGAUCGGCAUCACCAACAUCAAUAUCGAUCUUGACGAGGAGCUUUCUCGCCCGAUUCAUUACAGGAAGAGAGUCUUGCCGCUGUUCGAUUCGGUGAAACGCGUCGGCGUAGCAGUCGACGGAGCCGAUAAAUUAGGAGAGAUCGGACCACCGUAGAUUAAUACGCGUCGAAGGUCAGUUCUUAAUUGAGAAUUAGGAAGACUUUGGCAUGUGUUAUAAGCUAUACCACAAAUUUUGAUAGAGUGGUGGUAUUUGUUGUAUUGAUCAUUAGAUUUAUACUCAUAUUGAUCAUUGUUAAUAAUAUCUCUGAUUUUUUCAGAAAAAAAAAAUGAAAUUGAUUAGCUUUGUUAUUUCAAAAUUUAUAGAAGAAAAGAUACAGUUUUGGAACCUAAAUUUCUUGCUGUAAAUUUGGAAUAGAAUAAUUCUGCUAUUGAAUUUAGAAUUCAGUGAUAAUUUGAGUUUUGAAUUAUUGUCUUCUA